UUUCUUUCCACUUCCGCCUUUGUCCAAACACCGCUGUACAAGUUCAUGCGUACCUCCCACCUGACAAAAAAUGCCUCACAGUGAGAUUUAGAAGAUAAGCAGUUAUAUUUAACUAGUAUUUUUUUUAUGUUUUUUUGUUAUGCUUGUUAAAGGCUGUACCUCGUAGUGCAACGUAGUUAUCGUUAAGCGGUCGCAUUGGUCACCAAGUCCUGUAGUUCGUUUACAGUCAAAGGUUUGACACAUUCAUUCGUAAAACUGUGGCGACGGCGGCUGUUCAUCUGUUUGUACCACAUUCAACUGCCAAGAGAUGUCUGGAAAUCCUGCUUUGCUCAUGCGGCUGGUAGCGUCCGCCUAUUCAGUGGCUGAAAAGGCGGGGGCCAUAGUCAGGAAGGUGCUUCACAGCGGAGAGCUUGGCAUUGUGGAAAAGACAGGAGCAAAUGACCUGCAGACACUCGCGGACCGACUCGCACAGAAAAGCAUUUGUGCCUCACUGUCCAGACGUUUCCCCAAGAUCACCAUCAUUGGCGAGGAGGAUCUUCCAUUUGAGGAGGUCCAGGAGGACAUGAUUGAGAAAGGACAGGCAGAGGAAAUCCUUCAAAAGAGCUGUCCAGAAGAAUAUAGAGCAAUAAAAGAAGAAGAGCUGGUUGUUUGGGUGGAUCCUCUUGAUGGCACAAAGGAAUACACUGAAGCCUCAAGGUGUCUCCAUCUCCAAGCUGUUGUCCAGAAACCACACAAAGGGCUGGACAAGACUCACGGCACAGCUCUCUGGCUCCUGGAUAAUGUCACAGUGCUCAUCGGUAUCGCAUAUGGCGGCAGAGCAAUUGCCGGCGUCAUCAACCAGCCAUUCUACAACUACCAGCUCGGAGCAGAAGCGGCGUUAGGGAGAACGAUGUGGGGAAUGGUCGGAUUGGGCGCCUUCGGGUUCCAGCUGCAGGAGGUUCCGGCCGACAGGCGCGUCGUCACCACCACCCGUUCCCAUAGCAACAAGACGGUAACCGACUGCGUGAACGCCAUGGAGCCUCACGAAGUCAUCAGAGUAGGGGGCGCUGGAAACAAGAUAAUCCAGCUUAUUGAAGGGAAAGCUUCUGCUUAUGUGUUUGCCAGUCCAGGCUGCAAGAAAUGGGAUACAUGUGCUCCUGAGGCAAUCCUGCAUGCGGUCGGAGGAAAACUCACCGACAUGUUUGGGAACCCUUACGGCUAUAAUGCAGAUGUAAAGCACAUGAACUCUGCAGGGGUUCUUGCGACACUACGCAACCAUGAUUAUUACGUCAGCCGAGUGCCACAGUCUGUGCUACAAGCUCUGAAGUCAGAGUGAGGUCUGUCACGAUGUGCCCCUGUGGCAGAGAAGCGCUUUUAUUGUUGGAAUAAUCCAAUCUGUUUGAUAUGGAUCAUAGAUUAACCCACAUAUUGUCUUUAACAAAUGGGCAUUCUGUUUCUCACCUGCACUUUAAAAAGAUACAAAUAGAGAAAUUUAAAAUUGCUUUAAAUUAUUUCACUUAUCUGAAACAAACCCACAGAAAAAUCCAACAGUUCUAAAAAACUUUCCAAUUUUAUAGACUAAGAUAACUACAGAAUUUAAAUUAAUUAGUGUAAAUUAGUGAUGCGGCAGUCCAAAAGAAUACCAACAAAACAAAAAAAGUCAUAAAUUCGGCCUUUUAACAGAUGUAAUGACUGGAACCGUCAGCUGUUCCUGACACACUUCAAAAUGAUUAUGGUCAUUAUCAUUCCUAAUAAAAUGCUGUGAGUAAUAUGUUUCAGUUCACCUAAUAAGUGUUAAUAUGAGACAAAGAAAACCUCAGUACAUACAAAAUGUAGUUUUCAAAUGAUUAUUGUAUUCAUCAGGGAAUACAGCUAUCAAAACCUACCAGGCCUUAAGUAAAAAAAGUAUCGAAACCGUAAACCUAGCAGCUUCCGUCAUAUGUUUGCAAAAAUGUGGAAACGCGUCUUUUAUCUUGUUGGGAAGGAAUUUUGGUGAGCAGAAUUAAUCAAUUAUACAAUUAAACGUGCCCAGAUCAUCACACUACCUCCGCCGUGUUUGACUGUUGGUAUGAUGUUGUCUUUCUGAGAUACGAUGCUAGGUUUAUUCUAGUUUUAUAACAGGAAACACACCUUCCAUAGAGUUAAAAUAAAAUUCUUGUCUUUUCUCAUAUGCAUUUUUUUUUUACAUUUCUCUUGGCUCAUCGUGAGGAUUUUUGGUAAACAUCAGGAGUGUUUUCAGCACUCGAGCUCUCCCACGGAGGCCAUUUUCCCCAGUUUUUCUUGCAAAGCUAUAGGCGUUCUGGGUUGUUUUCCGUUUGAAUUCAUUCACUGUUUCUCAGCGCUUUGAAUGCCUUUUUAACCAUUUUAAUCCAGUUAGAUGUCAGUGACUUUGUUUCAUGUUUGUUCUUGAAUCUGUUUGGAUCAGGACAGGAUGAGUUGCUUUUUUAUAUAUUUCAGUUUACUUCAUGAUGCGGGCCAGGUUCUGUUGAAGUGAUUGCUUGACCCUUACAGGUUUGGCAGUAAUUGGUCUGGGUGUAGCUGGUGAAAUAUAACUUACCAAAUUUUUAAAAAAUUGGGUUAAUAACAGUUGAUUCAUUUUCCGAGUGAGAGAAAUACAAUUUUUACCAAGGACCCGGUUGGUUUAGAUAGCUUUUUUUUUGUAAUAUUUCUUUGGAACCACAAACUAUUCACUCAGCUCUGUUUAGGUGCAUGAGUUUAGAGAACAGAUGUAAAGAACGUUGUUUAACGUUAGCUUUAAUAAAUAUCAAAUCCUACCAAAAACUGUGCCAACCCGAACUUCUUAAAACUGACAAGUAAUUACUAACUGUUGCCUUCUUAGAAAACAUGAAUACAAAGUUAGUGUUUUUAGAAAUGUUGGAGGCUUUUGUAACACAUUGUUUAAAAUAGACAAUUACUUAAUUACUUUGAAAAACAAAGUUAAAUGUAAUACACAUUUUUCUUAACAGUACACCAAUUCAUACUGGAUUUUUGUAGAUAUUUUGUUCCUGUUUGUUAAAAAUACCGAAUAAAAAGUGAUUUCAACAAAAAAAAGU